CUAUUAGUUUUGCACAGAUCAGUUACAGUGUUCACGGAGUACAAUGUUUGUCCCUAACGUAUUUUUAGUAAUCUUUGUUAUACUCAGAGUCAGUACAAUUGACGCACUGCAUUGUCUGAGUUGUACGGCUGUUAUUUCUCCAAGACAUUGUCAUACUAUACAAAAUGUGACCCAGGAAAGGUGUGUUUUACCCAGAGGUAUACAGGAAUUAAUGGGGAAGUCUUAUUUGACACGGGAUGUCACACCCCAUCAAUCUGCUUUAAACAGAUGUUACCUGGAGCGUUAAGGAGCCAUAACCAUGCCUAUGCCCACACAGAACAGUGUAUAGAAUGUUGUACCUCUGAUGCCUGUAAUCAUAAAGGAUGUGGAGGAUUAGAUUAUCCAGGUAGAAGAGGUCCGCUGUGUUUCAACUGUCCCCAAUCUUUAGACCCUUCGACCUGUAGUUCUGUGAAAGUUUGUGAUGAAAAUGAGAUAUGUCAUCUGAGAGAGGAGGUUGAAUUUGGCGACUCCAUUUUUGUUCAAUCUUGUUCUCAAAAACAUAUAUGUAACAGUGGAAGCCCAGACAUUUUUGGAAAGAGAUUAGUUGAACGCUGUCUGAGGUGCUGUGACUCUGAUCUUUGUAACUUAGGAUGUACGGACUCUUUUCUAUCAACGACUUCAACAUUGACAACAACAACUACUACGUUAACAACUCCAACCACACCUUCUUCAACUACUACAUCCCUGAAGUACUCUUCGCCGUUUGAUUGCUGGGAGGUCUUUCAUAAUGGUUAUAAUACCACGGGCAUAUACCAAAUUUAUCCAUGGGGUACCAGUGGAAAAUCAAUAGAUGCACUCUGUAAUAUGGAUGUAGAACCCAAAGGCUGGACGGUGUUUCAAUGGCGGUACCCUUGGACUGAGAAUUUUACUAGAAAUUGGAAGGAAUAUAAAAAUGGAUUUGGUAAUGUCUCUAGCGAAUUCUGGCUUGGAAAUGAGAUCCUUCAUCUUUUGACAACACCACACCGAACACUAUUCUAUAUUGGUAUUACAAGUACUUAUGGCGGCUCAUGGUAUGAAAGAUUUGACAACAUGAAAAUUGCAUCUGAAGCUCAAAAGUACACCAUUACUCUCGGACGAGCCUCUGGAACUGCUGGCGAUCAAAGUACCAAUAAAUCUUCGUAUCAUAGCGGCACAAUGGAUGGAAUGCCAUUCUCUACAUACGACAGAGACAACGAUUUGAGUUCCACUUACUGUGCAUCAGUUCACCAAGGAGGGUGGUGGUAUAACAACUGUUACAAUGUUUUUCUUAAUGGUCCAAAAUCAGAUUGUUAUUACCAGGAUGUUCUUACUUUUUCAAGUGUUAAUUCAUCCAUUCUCAUGAUAACGCGAAUGUAGCAUCCAUUAGUUUAACAAAUAACAUCAUUUUCUUCAGUAUAAAUGGCUCUUCUUAACAUAUAUAAGAGGGGUCCGUUGUUUGACCUGGAGGGGGGGGGGUUAAGGUAACUUUUAUUAUGUAUGUAUGUAUGUAUGUAUAUAUAGAAAUUUACUAUCUCCAAAAAAUUAAGACAAGUAUUUUGUCUUCGUGUCACUAGUUUUCCACACUUUUUAAAAAAAUUUUUGUAUAUCUUUUCUGUUAAAAUAUUUCAAACUUCAUAGUGUAUUUACUUUUGUAAAAACAAUGCAUUUAUUUAUUAGAAUCGUUUUAAUUUAUAUUGAAACAGGUGUUUUCUGAUUUUAUUGUUGACGCGAGCGUGAUCUUGGCAAGGAAGAUAUAGCUCAUUUGAUCGAUUUUUGUUAAACUACAAAUCGGCAAUAUAUCAUGAAAAAAUACAUACAUGUAUAUUUAAAUUUUCACGUUGACGUACAUGUACUAAAAUGCACAUUUUUGGACAAAGACGCUGAAUAGUACAUCCUCAAAAAUGUUAAUUUGACAGUCAUUAUCUAUUGUGGACGCUGGUCUCUUGUUCCUUAUGUAACCCCCCUCCCCUCUCUAAGAAAAGAAACAAAAUACAUGUAAAAAAUCAAUAAUAAGAGAUUUCUUUUUAAUAAAACAAAUCUUUUAAUUAGAAAUUGUAUUAAAAAAUCAACUGUGUACGCAUACAUGAAAUAUCGCCGAAAUCAACGAAUUUUCGAUUACCUACAAAGGCAUGCCAAUCCCCCUUAUUGCUCAAUGCAAAUAUAUAGUAAUAAGAUCAUGCUGCUACAUGUAUGAAACAAUUAUCUUAUUAUUUUGUUUUUUAAUACAUUUAAUAAUUCCUUUUAUUUUAUAUGUUCUUUUUUCGGUUAAAUUCUGUUCCUUUUUCCGUUCGGUCUUUUAGCAAUACCCCAACAUAGUGUAGUUUCACACUUUCACCGAUUUCACUUUCAAUGCUUCUACCAAAGAAGAACCUAUUGAAUCAUGACCUCUCACAUAAUUCUUAGCAAAAUAUAUUUUUAAAAAAAUGUUCAAUGAAGAAAGAUUUAGAAUUUUUCUCCUUUGUUUUGGUCA